UGAGGGUAGAAACCCACCGCGAAAUGCAGAUCCAUCUUCAGGCGGCGGUUGAAUAUUGUAAAAGCGUCUAACUGUGAAUUAUAUCUUUAUGCUCCGUUAAAGAUUAACCGUCACCUCGCUUAAGAUUUCAUUCUCCGCCUCCUCAGUGAUUUUCAUCUUGUUUUGAGGAUGUCUGUGGCGGGGUUUAAGAAACAGCUGCACAAAGCCAGUCAGUUGCUGAGCGAGAAGAUAAGCGGCGCUGAGGGGACCAAGCUCGAUGAAGACUUUAUGGAAAUGGAGCGGAAAAUAGAUGUCACCAACAAGUCCGUUUUUGAGCUUAUAACCAAAACCACAGAAUACCUCCAACCAAACCCAGCAUCGAGAGCCAAACUGGGAAUGCUGAACACGGUGUCUAAAAUCAGAGGGCAGGUGAAGUCGACGGGCUAUCCUCAGACCGAAGGGCUCUUAGGAGACUGCAUGCUGCGAUACGGCCGAGAGCUGGGGGAGGAGUCGUCUUUCGGCUGUGCACUGGUGGAAAUCGGUGAAGCCAUGAAGCAGAUGGCCGAGAUUAAAGACGCCCUUGAUAUCAACGUGAAACAGAACUUCAUUGAUCCACUACAAACCCUUCAGGACAAAGAUCUUAAAGAGAUUGUGCAUCACCUGAAGAAGCUGGAGGGUCGACGGUUAGAUUUCGACUAUAAGAAGAAGCGUCAGGGCAAGAUUCCAGAUGAGGAGAUCAAACAGGCUGUGGAGAAGUUUGAGGAGUCCAAAGAACUCGCAGAGAGGAGCAUGUUCAACUUUUUGGAGAACGAUGUGGAGCAAGUGAGUCAGUUAUCAGCUCUCAUCGAGGCAGCACUAGAUUACCAUCGACAGUCCUUAGAGAUCCUGGAAGAACUUAACGGCAAAUUACAAAACAGUAUAGCUACGACAAGCUGUCGGCCCAAGAAAGAAUUCAAGGCAAAGUCGAUCAUGUCCAGUCUUGAGACGCUCGAGAACAAUCAAAACAAUGGACUGUCCCUCACCUCAUCUGUCAAAAACACAGAUAUUCAAGUGAACCACACUGUAAAUGGAAAAACUGAUUAUUUCACCCACACCAUAAAUCAAACAUGGCCUGAAAGCCCCAAUGGUAAUACCUGUAGCACAGAAAUAGAGACACACAUGGACCAGCCCUGCUGUCGAUCUCUGUACGACUUCGAGCCGGAGAACGAGGGCGAGCUGGGCUUCAAAGAAGGUGACAUCAUCAUCCUCACCAAUCGGAUUGAUGAGAACUGGUACGAAGGCAUGAUUAACGGCGAAUCAGGCUUCUUCCCCAUAAACUACGUAGACGUCCUGGUGCCGCUCCCUCAAUGAGCCAAUCAGAACCAGGACGCCAAACCGGAGCAUCCCCUGUAUCACCCAACAUCCCCUGCUGCAUUCUCACCAAUGAAAGCCUUGUGUUUCGCCACAGACUUUUUUAAAACCUUCAGUAUUUAUUUUGUGCCGUUUUACAGUCCUCAUGGUGCAACAUCAUCGUAAAUUGUUGUUUUCCAGUUAAAACAAAUGACAAAACAUCCUUAAAAUAAGAUUCAGUUAAGUGACUGGGAAGUCUUGAAUUAAGGUUGUUUUCUUAUUGUUAGAUUUAUAUACUUUUUAUAUUUAAACAAGAAAAAAUGGGAAAGUGAUGAGAAUAAAUACUAAAAAGGUAAUGUAAAAAAUAGAUAAACAGAUGUAAACAACACUAUGAUAACACUAAAUAUAAAUACAUUUUAAGGAUGUUUUUACGUUUUAACUGAAAAAAAGGAUGUGGUUUUUUUUUAGGCGUAAUGUCAACAUAUGUUUUACACCUUUUUGAAUUUAGUUUCAACACAGCCUUCAAUUUAUUUGUUUAAAUGUUUUCAAUUUAUUUGUUUAUUGAAAUGUGAUGCAUCCAAUGGGGUGUCUGUAUUUUCCUGCUGUUUCCGUACGUCGUCUCGCUGUAAUAUUGGGUUUACCUGCCUGCUGUGGUCUUACGUGUUUUUUGAAACACACUUUUUCUAUAGACUGUGACUAUCUUGACUGCUACUCGUAUGAAUGUCCUUUCUCUCUCUCCGUCUUUGUUUACAUUUUACUUAUUGGGAUCUUAGGAAUCAUAAGUGUCGCGAGAGUUUUAAUGGGCCUUCAAGUGCUUUUUUUGAACGGUGGCUGUAUUGCACUAAAGCUUUAGAAGAAUUGUACCCAUUGAUGUGCACAUUUUACUUUUGCAUUUAAGACUCUUUUUGUUUUGGAACAUUGCACUUUCUAUUGUGUUUUUUCUGCCAUUUUGGGGAAUACAAAUUUGAUCCGUCUUAUCGUAUGGGCUGGACUUUAUGCUUGUAUAAAUAUAUAUACAUUAUAAAUAUAUAUAUAUAUAUAUAUUGAUAUGAACUUGUACUGUAUGUUGGGGAACCUUUUUGCUUGCCUUGUAAUGGUUUGCCCUACAGUAUAAAGAAUGACAUUUUGAAUAUUUCAGAUGUUAAUUCUGUCCUCAGUCGAACCAUCAUGUGCUUAGCGAUUGCAUAAGACGGCUUUGGAAUCUUAAUAUCUGGACCAAUUAUGUUUAAACUGACAAAAUUAUUAUCGUUUCCAUGUGUCUGUCCACCAGAAAUACACCAGUGUAUUUCAACAAUGUCAAAUAUUAUUUUUGUUACUCACCGAAGUAUGUUUCUCAUGCAUGACAUGGAACUUUGAAUGACUUUUUUGUUUGUAUUGGCUGCCGUUGACCAUUACUAAUCUAAAAACCAUUGUAAAUCAUUCCCUGUUCGGUUUCUCUGUCUUUUAUUUUCCUCGUAUUCUUCAGGCCAAACAAAGCUGUCGGAGAGCAAAGAGAAAAUUGUUAUUUUGAUUCCAGUAAAGCCGUAGAGUAUGAUUUCUAUCGCUAAUGGAACUGCAAAUUGUCGGCUAUGUACUGAAGUAGUGGACUGAACCUGAUGAUUACUGUUCAUUCAACACUGUAUACUGUUUAUAAAUAUACAGGACACAACCGCACCUGUGUCCUAUGGUGUGACAGAAAAAAAGAUAUUUUUUAAUUUAUUUAGAUAAUUUGUCUUGCUAUUUUGUGAUAUAAGUUUGUAAUUAUAUAAAAUAUUAUAUUAUAAAUCAUUUGUUUUCAAAUUUUUCAUUUUUCUGCUGUCACAAUACAGGACACAUGGAUGGUAUAAUUGUUAACUACCUUUAUUUAACUUUCAUUAUAGAUACUGUAUUUAGACAAAGCAUCAAAAAACAAUAGUAUCAUAUGUUCUUGGUUUGACUUUAUUUCAUUGGAAAAGUCAUGUUGGGUUCUUUGCAUUGUGGGAUACAGUGUUCCGCUCACAUGUACACUGUAGUAUGUCAUUAUGCAUUACAGAAAAUGUGCAUACUAUACACCUACUAUCUAUCAAGAAAGGAGUAUGAUUUUCCAGAAAAAAAACAAAAAUUGCCCUUACAAAAAGAAGUUAAAGUUUCCUUUAUUUUAUAAUAACUAAUAGUGUGAAAGUGUAUUUCACGCACUAUAUUUAAGUAUAUUUUAAGUAUUUAUUUGACUAUAGUUAAGAUGUCUUAUUUGUUCUAUACUUGUACCUGUUUGAUGGAUAUAUACUUUAAAACUAUUAUUAUAAUUACGAGUCUUCUUGUUAUAAAAAGUAUGCUUUGCUCUUUUGAUAGAGUUACGUUUUCACAUAGGUUUAAGUACUGCCUAAUUAAUGUACUUUAAUAAACCUAAAUGUUUUACAAGUAUUGAACUAGCACACCAGUAGUAUACCUGUAAGUUCACUUGUAGUAACAUUGCAUGAAAACCGUAGUUAAAAGGUGGUGGUAAAGUGUAAAGUUUAAUACUGGUAGGUUUAAAGUAUAAGUAUGCUUUUAUAAUCGGAAAAGUGAGAAUUUAGUUCCAAGUACUAUUGAAACAGUACACUUAAAAGUAUACUACUAGUCCAUUGAUAUUAGUAUACUUACUCACAAAUAUAAAAAUAUACUUAAACUUAACCUAAGUGAUCAAAUGAACUGCAAUACUGUAUACUUCUUUUUUUGUAAGGGCAUGUUUUGAAAUAGUUUUUCUACAUACUCCCGCAUCUGUCACGAUAGUCCUAAAGUACCUCAACUUUGCACAAUGCUUCGAGACAGAAUUUAAGAUGUUUGGCUUCUCAAACUAACAGGACACUGUGUUUACACUUUUGGGAAACUUACCAUCUUACAAAUUACUUAACAAUAGUUGACUGCAUUAAACUGGUGUGGAAGAAAGUUUUCAGAAAACAUGAGAUAAAUUACACAAAGCCGCUUUAAAGCAAGCCACUUCCAGUUUUUGUUACACUUUACAUUUGACAUUGCACAAAAAUUGGGUGUUUACUUGAUACAAUUUUGUAGCAUUUCCAAUUAUGACAAAGAAACGAAAUGUAUUUUCGUUGUUUGUUCGAUGACUUAGAUGUAGGAUAUUUGACUAACAAAGAAACAAACAGCGUUCAUACAAAUUGACACAAAACUGCUGUACAUCACUGACUGUAAAGAAAGCCAGCAAUUUUUUCUUUUUGCUCUCUGGCGUAAUUUAUACAGAAAGUUGUUUAUAAAUGUUGUAAAUGAAUAUAUUAUCUCAUGAAUAAAUAAUGUCUAAAUAUUGAA